AUGUUACGUCAUCGUUCUUUAGUUACAGCGGCCUCUAAGAAUUUUACUCCGUUGCAGGUGUCAAAGCGACGGUUUACUGAUAAGAUUGUUGUGGGGUCCUUCGCCGCACUUUCCACCAGCGUCACUAUCCUUGGCAUCUUUCACCUUAUUGUGACCCCAGUGAGCUCCACCAUUGCUGCUGCCACUCUCUCGGCGGCGGCGGUGAGUGGUGCGCUUGUGGUCUUCGAGGGCGGAAAGAAUGAGGGCGGCACAACGUUCGGUGCAGUUCUUGGAGUUUUCUUUGGUGUGAUGGGCGGGUACUACGCCAAGUCAUCUAAAGAACCAUGGCGCAAAUGA